GUGGCUUUAACAAGUUUCAGACCGAGUAUUCGGAGCACUGCGAGACGAACCUUGACAGCUCCUCACCCAGCAACUCUCCCCCAGCAUCGGUCCUUGGACUGGGAGGGCUGCGGAUAAGCUCCGACUGCUCGGAUGGCGAAUCUGACCGGGAACCCAGCAGUGCCACGGAGUCAGACGGGAGCCCCAUCCCUAACAAUCAGCCUGCCUUUCCGGUCCAGAUCCUACCUUACCUGUACCUGGGCUGUGCCAAAGAUUCAACCAACUUGGACGUCCUGGGCAAAUACGGCAUUAAAUACAUCCUGAAUGUGACUCCCAACCUGCCAAACAUGUUUGAGCACGAUGGAGAGUUCAAGUACAAGCAGAUCCCCAUCUCAGAUCACUGGAGCCAGAACCUCUCGCAGUUCUUUCCUGAGGCCAUUGCUUUCAUUGAUGAGGCCCGUUCCAAGAAGUGUGGGAUCCUUGUUCACUGCCUCGCUGGCAUCAGCCGGUCCGUAACGGUCACUGUCGCCUACUUGAUGCAAAAACUCAACUUGUCCCUGAACGAUGCUUAUGACUUUGUGAAAAGGAAAAAAUCCAACAUUUCCCCAAACUUUAACUUCAUGGGCCAGCUCCUGGACUUUGAGAGGACUCUGGGACUCAACAGCCCUUGCGACAACCGCUCGCCCAGCGAACAGCUCUACUUCACCACCCCCACCAACCACAACCUGUUUCAGCUGAACACUCUGGAGUCCACAUGAAGGGGAUGCCGCCUGGCCGGGAACUCGAGCACCGAAUCGCUUCUCUUGAGCAUUUCAACUCUUACAACAGUAUCUGUCUUGCCAGGCAGCUCUGAAACGACUAGCUUCUCUGCGCAGAGGUGCCUGGUCGCUGCUUUAAGGAGGCUCGUGCCGUUCAUUAGCGUCCUGAUCAAAGUGGUUUGAAGAGGUAGUCUUUUUGUGGGGGGUUAUUUAAUGGGGGCGAUGUUACGGCGUUGCGAACGCAGCUGUUACCGGCAAUAACCGCUUUCCUGGGUGCAUUGGGACUGUCGGAGCGCGCACACACAUGAAGAGCUACCGGGGUUAGCUCGCUGUGGAAAGCGAGGAGAUUUAUGCACUUGGAAACCUUGAACAAAAGGUUUUGGGCCAAGACUGUUUUAAAACCCAAGUUUACUUUUUUGAUUUUAAAAAAAAAAGGUAGAUCUUACUCGAGCUUUGGGUUCAAACUUUUAAAAUAUGUAAGUUCCUGACUGUUUGUACAGACGAGGUUGCAAAACCAGUAUUUUAUUCUGUUUCUUGUUUGAUCAUUUAUUAUUUUUUUUUAAUCAAAUGUUUAUAUUGACCAAAUGCAUUUUGCACACUUCGUGAAGCCUUGGUAUGUCCUGGCAUAUUACUGGGUACUCCGGAGAGAGAUACAUGCUGCUGCUGUUGUCGUUAGCAUCUGGUAGGAAGCUUUGUUAAUGUGUGAAGGCCAGUUGGGCUUAAACGCAACCCCUUCACCACUCCUGCACUCACAAUCACAAACUCUGCACUGAUUCAGCCAAGGUGACUAAGCCGCAAGCUUUUUUUUUUUUAAUGCCACCCCUGCCAAAAACACUGUUUGCUGUUGCCAGAGGUAAAACUCUUGUAGCCUCCAGAGUUGGUAGAAGCAUGUCUGAGCCCAGCUUCGUUCUCUGCUGCCUGUUGACUGACUUAACGCCAUCCAGCUGGCCCGAAACCAUUCCAGCUUCCCGAGUACAGAAGGUAGUUGUGAUGUUGGCGUCUCUCGUGCCCGCUGGAUUCUCUCCCACGUGCGCGGGGCAGAGGGGGUAACGCAGCGAGCGCCUGGAGCAGAGAGAGGAGUGCGUAGCGGGACGGGACUGAAUCGUCACGCACGGAGCACGUGAGGGGAGUGAAGAGAUGUGGAAAUGAUGACAAGAGUGUUGUAACAGAAUUUUUUUAUAUAUAUAUGAAUAUAUAUAUUAACUGGCAAAUUCGGAGAUGAUUGGAGCUUUCAACAGAGGUUCUGAUUUUUUUUUUCUUCCUCUUUCAAAUAACUUUAUGCUGUGCCUUCUAUUCUGAGAAGACUUGUUUAUAUUUCUGGCUAGUGUUUGGCAAACACCUUAUACCGAGCCGGGAGGGGGAGGAAGUGGUAAUAAUUUCUGGGAGGAGGGCAGAAUGGAUUUGGAGGUUUCUUUAUUGGCUGCAAUGUAGUCCCUCCUUUCUCCCCCCUCCCUGUCCACUUUAACUCUCAUGUAACUUAAAAAAAAAAAAAGCCACGGAUUUUUUCUAUAUAUCCAGUUUUUUGUACUUUUUUCAAGAAAAAGAAGAAAAUAAUUAAAAAAAAUCUCCAUCUGGAGGAAUGUUUGACGCUGUCGCAUCCUGAAACCGUUCUUUUUGUUAAAGAUGUUAUCAGAAUGUUGGAAUGAGCUUCUUUCUUGUUUUCCGGUUGUUUAUUGUUUGUUUGUUUGUUCGUUGGGUUUUGUUUGCAACAACGUUGGGAUCGUGGGUCAUAGGAAGGGAGAAUGGGCGUAAGUACGGUUGCGAGUGAGAAAAUUUUGAGAAUAUCCUAAUUGCAUCUUACCUCAUGGAGGAAUUUAUUUUUUCAGGGAUUUUUUGACAGUGCAUCUGUAUUGCAUUGCAGCUAAGCUGGUUUGUAAAGGCUUCCUGUGCUGUUAGUGGUCUUUCUCCUUUAAAGAAAAAACAAAGAUGCAUCCUCUGAUUAGUACAAAUGAGAGCUUGUUAGUGAGGAAUGGUUCUGCUUUCUGAGUUAUGAAGGAAAAUUAGUGACCCUAUAUAUACUGAUCCAAUAUUGGGACUUUGUUUAUAUUGCAAAUAAAUAUUAUUUUUUCUUUAAAGAU